GCAGCUACAUAUAGAUGGCGUAAUAUAUAGUUUUUUGUGUCUUCUCUCUCGCACGGAGAGAUAGAGCGAAAGAGAGAUGGGGGUGACAAAGGAGGUGGUUAAAUCUUCAUUGACUUCAAAGCUGAACCCUUCUCAUCUCGAAGUAAUUGAUACAUCAGGAGGGUGUGGUGCAAGCUUUGCAAUAGAAAUUGUAUCAGAAAAAUUUGAAGGUAAGAGGUUGCUGGAGAGGCAUCGAAUGGUAAAUGCUGCAUUGGCAGAGGAGAUGAAAGAAAUCCAUGCGCUCUCAAUUAAGAAGGCUCUAACCCCGGAGCAAUGGAAACAGCAGCAAGAAUCCUCCAAAAAAACUCAAUCUGUUGUUUAAGAAAUGGGCUUAUAGCUAGUUAGUACUGUAAUUUCAAAAUUUCCUGAGACAGUAUCUAUCUUAUGCAGUAGAAUGUGUGGAAAAAAAUGUUUUUGACAUAAAUAAUUGUCCCUAACAUUACAUAACAUUUAGGGAAAUUCUCUAUGUGUAUCAUAUAUCUCAGUUAUGAAACUAUUGUGGUGUUAAUUAUGACUUGAUUAUGAAUUA